AUGCUCGUGUUGCUGCGGGCUACAGCCGGCGUUUGGCGCCAUAGAGAUCAUAGGGGCCUCGGCGUAUGCAGCAGCAGCAGCAGCAGCAACAACAACAGCAGCAAAACUGCAUCAUCUAGUCCUGCUGCAGCAGCAGCAGCAGCAGCUGCUGCUGCUGCUGCUGCUGCAGCACGAGCUGCUCCUCCUGCCUUCUCCUUAAGGCGCUCCCUCCUAAGGACUGUCUUUGCGUUCGCCGUUGCAGACAACCAGCAGCAGCAGCAGCAGCAACCGCAGCAGCAGCAGCAGCAGCAACCGCAGCAGCAGCAGCAACAGCAGCAACAGAAUAGCCGUAGUAUCUUUGGGCGGUUUCUCUCGCGUCUGGGGUUGCUGAGCUCCGAAAGAAAGGAACUAAAGACAGACUGGCACCUGCUGGGGGUGCCUGUCUUUGCUGUUGUUGAUGCAGCAGGAAACCCCUUCAUAUAUAAGGAGCAGCAGCUCCUCCUCCCCAGCAGCAGCAGCAGCAGCAGCAGCAGCAGCAGCAGCAGCAGCAGCAGCAGCAGCAGGCAUGUUUAUGUGCAGCAAAGCCUUCUCUUCUUUGAUGCUGCUGAUGCUGAUGAGUACAGACAACAAGUCAGCAAAUCUGCUCGUGCUGCUGCUGCUGCUGCGGUUGGUGUUGUUGCUGCUGUUGGUGCUGUUGCGGCAGGUGCUGCUGCUGCUGCAGUUGGUGCUGUUUCUGCUGCUGCUGCGGUUGUUGCUGUUGCUGCUACUACUGCUGUUGCUGCAUCUUACGUCUCUGGUGUUACCCUUACUCUUGCUCCCACUGCUGCUGCUGCUUCUGCUGCUGCUGCUGCCGCUGCUGCUGCUGCUGCUUCUGCUGCUGCUGCUGCUUCUGCUGCUGCAGCGAAUGUAGAAGCUCACCUUGCUGCUUUUUCUCUGGCUCGCAUUUGGCCUGAGCUCUGCCGUUACAUUCAGCUCCGCCUCCCAGUACCCACAUUGGGGGGGCCCCCCACGGGGGCCCCCCUGGGGCCCCCCGAGAAGGGGGGAGGCCCCCGGGGGCCCCCGGAGAAGGGGGGGGGGCCCCCGGGGGGGGAUGCUGCAGAGAGUGAGGGGGGCCCCCAAGAGGGGGUGGGGGCCCCUGGGGGCCCCCCUCUUUUUCAGUGGAUAUUUGUGCCGUCAAAGCGAGCGGUGGCGGAUGCGAGGAGGUGGGGCUUGAAGCCCCCGUACCGCACCGUCCUCACAAGCAGCAGCAACAGCAGCAGCAGCAGCAGCAACAGCAGCAGCAGCAGCAGCAGCAGCAACAGCAGCAGCAAGCAGCAGCAGCAACAGCAGCAGCAGCAGCAGCAGCAAACAUUGGCGUCAUUGAUAGACGCGGGGCUAUGCGGCAGGACAGCAGCAGCAGCAGCAGCAACUGCAGUAGCAGCAGCAGCAGCAGCAGCAACUGCAGCAGCAGCAACUGCAGUAGCAGCAGCAGCACCUGCAGUAGCAGCAGCAGCAACUGCAGCAGCAGCAACUGCAGCAGCAGCAAAUAGCGCAGCAGCAGCAGCAACAACAGCAGCAGCAGCAGCAGCAGCAGGAGAGGCAGGUACAGCAGCAGGGGAAUCGAAGACAAAGGAGCAGCAGCGUGUCGGGUCUGCUUCAGCAGCAGCAGCAGGAACACCAGGAGAACGAUCAGCAGCAGCAGCAGCAUCACCAGCAGCAGCAGCAGCAGCAGCAGCAGCAGCAGCGGGAGCAGCAGCAACAGCAACAGGCCCUGACGGCGUGCCUGUACUUAAGUAUGGCGCGUUGUUUGAGUUUGUGGAUUCAACAAAAGAUGCGUGGGAGGCAGUGAGAGCACCAGUGAAGACAGAUUCAACAAAAGAUGCGUGGGAGGCAGUGAGAGCACCAGUGAAGACAGAAGCUUCAACAAAAGAUGCGUGGGAGGCAGUGAGAGCACCAGUGAAGACAGAAGCAGCAGCAGCAGCAGCAGCAGCAGCAGCAGCAGCAGCGGGAGAAGCAGCAGCAGCAGCAGGAAACAGCAAACUCAGCAGAAACAUGGCGCUGCUUCAAUCCCUGCCCAAGCCGCAGGGAUCGACGACGAGCUCUCUGGGGCUUGGUGGUUCUGCUGCUGCUGCUGCUGCUGCUGCACCAGCAGCAGCAGAAGAGGAGGAAGAAGAAACUGCUGCUGCUGCUGCUGCUGCUGCUUCGGCAGCAGCAGGAGAUUCAGUGCUGCAGAUGGUGCCGCGCGUGCUGCAGAAGAAGCAGCAGCAGAAGCAGCAGCAGCAGAAGCAGAUCAAAACAGAACAACCUCAGAAUACAGCAGCAACAGCAGCAGCAGCAGCAGCUGCUGCUGCUGCUAAUGAUGAUGAAGAUGCUGCUGGUGAUGCAGCAGAAGAACAACCAGCAGCAGCAGCAGCAGCAGCAGGAGAUGCAGCAGCAGCAGCAGCAAGCGGUGGGUUCCUUACAUCUAUGUUUACUCUCUAUGACUCAGACGAAGAGAAAGAAGCAGCACAAACCAGCAGCAGCAGCAGCAGCAGCAGCAACAACAGCAGCAGCAGCAGCAGCAGCAGCAGCAGCAGCAGCAGCGGGGCUGGAGAAGUGCAGGAUAGCAAGACAGACCCCACCUGUGCAGGACCUGCAGCAGCAGCACAUGAUGAAAGAGCAGCAGCAGCAGCAGCAGCAACAGCAGCAGCAGCAGCAGCAGCAGGAGCAGCAUGGACAAUAAAGGAUGAUGAUGCUGCUCUCGAGGAGUUGGGCAUAGAAAAAGAAAUCAUACAAAACUCAGGAAUUUCAUCCGCUGAGCUGCGAGAUCUCCGUCGUAUGGGGGCGACUGCUGUAAGCGGGGCUACACUACAGAACCCGGACUGGCACCUCACCGCACACUGCGGCCCCCAAAAAAAAGGAAAGCUGCGGCUAGCAACGAAAGUAUGGAGCGCCAAGGAGGGGGCCAUCACAGAAACCCUAGAACCCAAGGUCAUGCAAAAGAGAAAACACCAGAUAAACUGGCUAGCAGCAGAAGCACACGACAAAGAACUCGAAAUGUUGGAGCUCACCGCCAGAACCAGACAAUCCAAAUACCAGACGGCCAUGAAAUACGGAUGGUAG